CCGGGGCAAAGGCAGCCCCACCACGGCCUGGUUGCGGAUGGAUAAAGAUGAAUCUAGGGACUGAUACAAACAUUACCGUGAGCAAAGAGAGGCCUCAGCGGGCUCCCAGAGCGCCCAGCGCUGACGGGACGGGAGGGCGUAACCCCACCGGCCUAGAGCUGGGCGGCCCCGGCACCAGUCGCACCCAGCUGAGUCCGCAGCCCCGCCCGCCCGGAGGCGAGGCCCCGCCCACCCGGUGAGCUGAGGGGCGGGCGGCGCUGUCUGUGCGAGCCGGAACUGCCGGUUGCGGCUGAGCCCGGCCCGGCGGCGGCCGCCAAGAUGGCGGAGUACGUGCGUGUGCUGAGGCGGGCGCUGCAGGAGCUCUGGGGUCACGGCGGCCUCCGCGGCGCCUUCUGGAAGACAGUCAGGGUCAACGAUUUGAAGGUCGGUACUCUAGUAGGUGUUGACAAAUAUGGAAACAAAUACUAUGAAGACAAAAAGAAUUUUUUUGGUCGACAUAGAUGGGUUGACUAUACUACUGAAAUGAAUGGCAAAAAUACAUACUGGGAAGUGGAUGGAAGCAUGGUGCCACCGGAAUGGCAUCGUUGGCUUCACUGCAUGACUGAAGACCCUCCAACUACUCAUCCACCAGAGGCUCGUAAAUUCAUUUGGAAGAACCACAAAUUCAAUCAGAGUGGCACUCCUGAGCAGUAUGUCCCUUUCUCUACAACACGUAAAAAGAUACAGGAGUGGAUCCCACCUACAACCGCUAACAAAUAAUUGAAAAGCCUGACUUGCCUAAAACUAGGUUCUCAAUGUAAACUGUACCUUCAUUGUUUGGUUGGUUUAAAAUAAAAGCCUCUGACAAAAGUAAAA